AUUCAUUCAUUCCAUUCUCUCUUUCAAUGUAUAUAGUAUAUACAUAUGUUUCUGCAUAUAUUUUUUGAUCUUUGAUCCCAUUAUUCAACUCAAAGUUUCAUCUUCUUUGGAGCUCCAUAUAUAAGCUGAUUAUGAAGAACACUUCUGUAGCAUUGCCUAUGAUCAAGAGGCAAAAAUCAUUACUAUGCAGCCCUCUUCUUGGUGCUAUAUUAGUCUCCAUGGCUUUCUUUAUAGCAAGUGCACUAAUUGUCAUAGAUCAUAAACAGAGAUCUCCAGAACUACGAAAGCCUGAGGCUCUACAAGUUACACCAAUGAACAUAUGCGAGAAUCAAUGCAGUCGUGAUGGAAGUGAAGCGUUGCCUAAAGGAAUCGUGUCAAAAACAUCUGAUCUAGAGAUGCGGCCAUUAUGGGGCCCUCGUAAGAAGAGGAAGAACGUGAAGUCACCAAUGAGCUUGUUGGCUAUGGCGGUUGGGAAGAAGCAAAAAGCAAAUGUCAAUGAAAUGAUUAAGAAGUUCCCAUCGGAUGAUUUUGUGAUUAUGCUGUUCCACUAUGAUGGGAUUGUGGAUGAAUGGAAGGAUCUAGAAUGGAGUAGUCGUGUCAUACAUAUUUCAGCUAUAAGCCAAACAAAAUGGUGGUUUGCUAAGAGGUUCUUGCAUCCAGACGUUGUCUCAGAAUACGCUUAUAUUUUCCUUUGGGAUGAAGAUCUUGGUGUACAAAAUUUUGAUGCGGGAAGAUACGUAUCGAUAAUAAAAAAAGAAGGGCUUCAUAUAUCUCAGCCAGCACUCGAUCCUGAAAAAUCAGAGGUGCAUCAUGAAAUGACAUCGCGAGAAAGUGGAUCAACCGUACACAGAAGGAUCGAAAGAAUGAGCCGCUCAAGGAAACAAUGUUAUAGAAACAGCACAGAUCCGCCAUGUACAGGGUGGGUGGAAAUGAUGGCUCCUGUUUUCUCAAAAGAAGCAUGGCGUUGUGUGUGGUAUAUGAUUCAGAAUGACUUGAUUCAUGCAUGGGGAUUGGACAUGCAACUAGGAUAUUGUGCACAGGGUAAUCGAACACAAUAUAUUGGUAUUGUUGACUCUGAAUAUGUUGUUCACUAUGGUCUUCCUACACUUGGGGGAUCAUCACAGAAUAAGACAAAUAGUGACUCAUCGAAAGAAUCUUCUUCAAAGGAAUCAGUCCCAUUAGAAUCCAAUCACACUGAUAUUAGAGCUGAGGUCCGAAAACAGUCAUUUAACGAAUUGGAAACAUUCAAAAGAAGAUGGAGAAAAGCAGUUCACGAAGAUGAAUGUUGGGUUGAUCCAUACAACCAACAUUGACAAACACAAAAUCCCCUUGGAUUAUUUUUAAGUUUUACAAUUAUUUAACAAAUAUAAAUGUUCUUUUCAAAUUCAUAUACG